CCGGGGCGGCGAUGACCGCGCAGCGCGUCCCGCGGGCCCGGCCCUGAGCCCCGCUGCCUGCCUGCCCCGCCGAGGUCCGGACGGGCCAAGAUGACGCCCAGCCCCACGUUGUUGCUGCUGCUGCCGCCGCUGCUGCUGGGGGCCCUCCCGCCGGCCGCCGCCGCCCGAGGCCCCCCAAGGAUGGCAGACAAGGUGGUUCCAAGGCAGGUGGCCCGGCUGGGCCGCACUGUGCGGCUGCAGUGCCCCGUGGAGGGAGACCCGCCGCCGCUGACCAUGUGGACCAAGGACGGCCGCACCAUCCAUGGCGGUUGGAGCCGCUUCCGGGUGCUGCCCCAGGGCCUGAAGGUGAAGGAGGUGGAGCGGGAGGACGCCGGCGCCUAUGUGUGCAAGGCCACCAACGGCUUCGGCAGCCUCAGCGUCAACUACACCCUCAUCGUGAUGGAUGAUACUGGCGCAGGAAGGGAGCAUCUGGGGCACGACGGUGCCCCCGGGGGCCAGGAGGAUGCAGCCAGCAAGCAGUGGGCACGGCCCCGCUUCACGCAGCCCUCCAAGAUGAGGCGUCGUGUGAUCGCUCGGCCCGUGGGCAGCUCCGUGCGGCUCAAGUGCGUAGCCAGUGGGCACCCACGGCCCGACAUCAUGUGGAUGAAGGACGACCAGGCCCUGACGGGCCUGGAGGCCGGGGAGCACAGGAAGAAGAAGUGGACACUGAGCCUGAAGAACCUGCGUCCCGAGGACAGUGGCAGGUACACGUGCCGUGUGUCCAACCGUGCAGGCGCCAUCAAUGCAACCUACAAGGUGGAUGUGAUCCAGCGGACGCGCUCCAAGCCCGUCCUCACGGGCACGCACCCCGUGAACACGACCGUGGACUUUGGGGGCACCACAUCCUUCCAGUGCAAAGUGCGCAGCGAUGUGAAGCCGGUGAUCCAGUGGCUGAAGCGUGUGGAGUAUGGUGCCGAGGGCCGCUACAACUCCACCAUCGACGUGGGCGGCCAGAAGUUCGUGGUGCUGCCCACGGGGGAUGUGUGGUCGAGGCCUGACGGCUCCUACCUCAACAAGCUGCUCAUUGCGCGCGCACGCCAGGAUGAUGCCGGCAUGUACAUCUGCCUGGGGGCCAACACCAUGGGCUACAGCUUCCGCAGUGCCUUCCUCACCGUGCUGCCAGACCCCAAGCCACCAGGGCCCCCCGUGGCCCCCUCGUCCUCGACCACCAGCUUGCCGUGGCCCGUGGUCAUCGGCAUCCCGGCUGGCGCCGUCUUCAUCCUUGGCACCGUGCUCCUGUGGCUCUGCCAGGCCAAGAAGAAGCCGUGCGCACCCGGGCCCACCCCGCCUCUGCCUGCACACCGCACGCCCAUGGCCGCCCGCGACCGGGCCGGGGACAAGGACCGUCCCAUGCCCCCCAGCCUCGGCCCUGCCCCUGGUGUGGGGCUGUGCGAGGAGCUCGGGCCUCCGGCGGCACCCCAGCAUCUGCUGGGCCCCGGCCCAUCUGCCGGGCCCAGACUUUAUCCCAAACUCUACACGGACGUGCACACGCACACGCACACACACACGCACUCGCACACGCACUCACAUGUGGAGGGCAAGGUCCACCAGCACAUCCACUACCAGUGCUAGCCAGUGCCAUGGGGUGGGGCUCUGCCCACUGGCCCUGUGGGGUCCAGGUCGGGGCGGCGGGCCCAUGGGGGACAGGCAGCUACGCAGAGAGCUGGGGCCUAGGCAGGAGGCACAGUCAGCACCCUGGGGCGCCCUGGGUGACAGACACAUACCUCUGGACACACACACACACACACACACAUACCCUCAGACUAAGAUACCUGGGAAGGUCUGUGCCGGUAACUUUGCAGUGUGCAUGUAGCAAUGGGCUAGUUGAUGAAGGAACCCCUCGCCCCAUGAGGAGGGUUCCACAGGGGCCAUGGUCAAGCCACCCCUCCCCGCGCCUGGCAGGGGUCUGAGAGGACCCUGGCCAAACCCCCGAGGCCUGCCCCGUGCCGACUGCCGUGUCCCUACCCAGGCCUCCACCAGUGGCUGGCUAUGUUUGCCAGUACCUGUCCGGGCAUUCCCCAGGCUCCCGGGCUGGGAGGUCAGGCAGAGCAGUCUAGGCUCCUGCCCUGAGAGGCUGGAGCCCCCUGGGGGUGACCCUGCCCUCGCCAGAGCGAAGGGCCCUUGAUAUUUAUAUUUAAGAAAAGAAAAUAAUAAUAUUAAUAAUGCUGGAAGGAAGGUGUACACAGAGCCUGCCUGACCUCAGGCCCAGGACACACCUGGCCUGCUGGCCAACUGGAUGGCUGCCUCAGGGCCGGGCACCAUUGCCCCACUGCCUGUGGCAGCCCCAGACCUCUGUAAUUUUAUAUAGAGUUUGAGCUGAAGCUUCGUAUAUUUAAUUUAUUUUGUUAAACAAGAAAAUGU